AACAACUCUCGUCGCUUUGUGCCUUGCACUGGCCGAUGGCUUAGUCUUCUCCUCAUUGCAUUCGCAACAGUCUGUCAGUGAACAAGUAGUGUUGAUUGUGGCUGCAGUUCCUUGAUACAUUUUGUGAUUACGAGACAUAUUGUUCUUCAGUGAACCCCUAUAUUUUGCUUCAAGUGACCUUGGAUUCGGAUAUAAACAUCUGCCUGAGCAAAAUUUCAUUACUCUUCCAAAAUGACUGAAGUCCAGACAUCUCCAACCGAGAUCCGCUGCCAAGAGAAAUCUCGCGGUGGUCUCUGCUAUGAAGUGAUCCUGGCUGAACCAUCUACAAAUACCACACCUAAACGGGCUGGUUCUCCACCUACACCCAAAAAUCUUUCGGUUGAAGAAAUCCAGGAGAAACUAAAGAAAGCAGAAGAAAGACGUCUGAGUCUCGAAGCAAACAAAAUGGCAGCUAUUACGGCCAAAAUGGCCAAGAUUGAAGAAGCUUCUCGCAAGAAAGACGAGCAGACGAGCUCCUUCAUCGUCAACACCAAGGAGGCAUUGGAUGCGAAAAUGGAAACUCACAUUGAGAAACGCGAAGCUUAUAUUAAUGAUCUCAAAAAGAAGAUGAAGGAACAUUUGGAAAGCGUCGAAAAAAGCCGGCUAACUCUGGACCAACAAACCGAAGAAGUAAGAAACGCCAUGCAAGAAAAAGUCAACACCGUUACAGCUCAUCGCGAUGAAAACAUCAAAAAAAUGUUAGAACGCCUAAAGGAACAUGAAGAACAAGUGCAAAGAGUUCGCAGCGCGAAUAUGGAAAAAUUUCAGCAAUUAGAAACAACAAUUAACUCAAAACUCGAACAGGCUGAAAAUAGACGAAUUCAACUCGAGCAGGAACAGAAGGAGAAGCUUAGAAAUCAUAACACAGUCAAGAUCGCCGAAGUGAGGAGUAUUAUUGAGACUCAGGAUGAAAUUUUGAAGACUGAAACAUCGAAAAUUAUUGAAACAAAAUUAUCCACUGCCGAACAAAAACGUGCUCAGGAAAUACAGAAAAAACUUGACCAAAUUAAAGAACAUGACCGCAGAGCAGAAAUGGUUCGCCAAAACAAAGCAGCUUUGGAACAAGAAGAAGAAUCUCCCGUCACAGCCUCUUCAGGUUAAUAACAUGUUACUUUAUAUGCAACAAUGAUUUUGCGCUUUCUAAUUAACUAUAUAGUUUAUACAUUUUUAGAUUUUAAGAGAAAAAUUAACUAAUGAUCGAAUAUCUUUAUCAUUAACUUGCAAC